AUUUAAAGGGUGAAAAUUGCUGCUAAAAAAAGGCAACCAAGUGAAUCUCUAAGUGUAUUCAACAAAUAUCUAAUAUAGUUUUCAAGAUGAAAUCUCUUGUUUUUUUCUUCAUUCUAUCUCUUUUAGUCUCUCUCAAUCAUGCCAUUGAGCUAGACUUUUGUGUUGCUGAUUAUAGUCUUCCGAGAGGGCCAGAAGGAUAUGCUUGUAAAGAUCCAGCUAAAGUCACAGCUGAUGACUUUGUUUACACUGGAUUUCGUGGUGAAAAAUCCAUCACAAAUGUUUUCGGGUUUAAUGUUACACUAGCCUUUUCAUAUGCCUACCCGGCCUUGAACGGGUUAGGAAUCUCUAUGGCAAGGUUAGAUUUGGCUGUGGGUGGAGUAGUUCCUGUUCACUCCCACAGAACAUCAGAAGUUAUUGUUUUAAUAAAAGGAUCAAUUAUUGCAGGGUUUAUUGACACAAACGAUAAUGCAUAUUACAAAAAGUUAGAGGUUGGUGAUGUCAUGAUCUUUCCGCAAGCUAUGCUCCACUUUCAAGUUAAUGUAGGCAAGAUUCCUGCUCUUGCAUUUGUUAGCUUAAAUGGCGCAAACCCAGGUUUGCAACUCACUACUCCUUCCCUUUUUGGGGGCAAUUUGCCUGAUGAAUUAGCUCAAAAAAUCACUCUCAUUAGUCCUCAAGAAGUGAAGCGGAUGAGGAAGAUACUCGGCGGCUCAAGUUAAUGUACUUUGCUGUUGUCUUUGAUUAUCCCACUCCGUUAUCUCCUAAAUUUUAUAGCAAAACUAUGAUUCUACGUUGAUGUUUGCUAAAGAAUAAAUGUUUUAUUGUGAAUUUGUGAUCAAUGACUUUUGAUAGAAGUUCUAGGGAACAUGUAAUUCGUAAGUGGGUUUUGAAAUUUGAUAAAAGAUUGUAAUUUUGUUAUAAAUAAUAAUCAUGCAUCAUGUUUAAACAAUCAUUGUAUGUGGAUCAUUUAAUAGAAAAAUAUGUAUUACAUGUA